AUGCUACUGGCUAACGGGGCCCUUCAUGCAGCUAGCAGCAACGGCAGCAGCAGCAGCAGCAGCAGCAGCAGCUUCUACAGCAGCGGAGGAGGGCUGCCUGGGGGAAGCAGCUGCAGCAGCAGCAGGCGCUGGUCCGUCUCUUUAGAUCAGGUUUCGAGUUUUGUUCCUAGGGACAUUGAUGGAGGAGCAGCUGCAAGGGGACCACAUGCAGCAGCAGCAGCAGCAGCAGGAACAGCAGCAGCAGCAGAGGGCUGCUGGCUGCUAUCACAGCGGCGGGGCUCCACAGGAGACACUUGGGAGACACUGCAGCAGCAGCAGCAGAAGCAGCGCGAGCCUUACUCACUGCUGCAGGGAGGGCCCAUACUGCGGCUGCUGCUAGAGCAGCAGCAGCAGCAGCAGCAGCAGCAGCCGUACCUGCUGCACAGUAUUGCGGCAGCGCUGCUGGAGUGCCCGGGUCUCCGGGCAGCAGCAGACGCAGCAGCAGACGCAGCAGCAGCAGCAGCUGAGGCAGCGCUGGAGAGGAAGGCAGCAGCACCUGCUGCUGGUGCUUCGGGCAGGAGUGCAGCAGCAGCAGCAGGCGGUGCAGCAGCAACUGCUAGUGAAGCGGCAGCUGCAGCAGCACAGCUAGUCCCUCUCGGCAAGGCUCCGUACCUAUUUGCUGCUGCACCCUUGCAAGAGAUUUGCUUAACAGGCGCAUGCAGCCUUUCCAAUGCAGAUCUGCUGCGGGCCCUGUGUCUGCUGCCGAGGCUGCGAGUCCUUGAACUCGCCUGUGGGGCCAGCAGCUACGGGAAAGGUUUGCUGCUGCAGCUGCCCGUGCUGCAGGUGCUUUCGGUGUCUGUACACCCCAUGCUGUCUUGGGUGCUGGAGGCGCCGCUGCUGCAGCUGCUGCGGCUGCGGCCCCCCGUGGCUGCGCCCUGCAGCAGCAGCAGCAGCAGCAGCAGCAGCAGCGGCGAACUCGCGCUGACCCAGGCCGAGCUGCAGCACCUAGUUGAUGCUGCUGUCGGCUUUGCAGCAGCGCUGCCCGCCAGCAGCAAACAGCUCUCUCUGGUGUACGUACAGUUCGGCAGCGCCCACUGCAGCAGCUGCAGCAACAGCAGCAGCAGGGGCUGCUGCAACACUCCUGGCUGCUUCUGCACCGGCAGCACCAGCAGCAACACAGAUCGCGAGCUUCUCCAGUAUGCGGCGACGCUCCAAAAGCUUGCGGCUAAAAGCAGCAGCAGCAGCAGCGGUAGCAGCAGUAGCAGCGGUAGCAGCAGCAGCAGCAGCAGCAACAGCAGCAGAAAGGUCAAGUGCUGCGCGGUGGUUGGGCGUUCAGUUGGCAACGCCUUUGAGAGCCACCGCCUCCCUUUCCGCAGAAGAACACGCAACAGCAGCAGCAGCAGCAGCAGCAGCAUUCGCAGCAGCAGCAACAGCAGCAGCUGCUGCAGCAGCAGCAUGAGCAACAGCACCAACAGCAACAGCAUCAGCGUCAGCCACGCCGACGCGGCUUCAAGGGCUUCGGCCGCAGCAGCAGCAGCAGCAGCAGAAGCAGCGGCAGACUGGGGGGGCUUGCUGUCUGCUGCGGAGCAGCGGCAGCUGCAGCAAAGCCUGCUGUCUCUCCCUGCUGCUGCUGCUGAAGGCCCGCUGCUGUUGGAUGGCUGGGGCAGCCUUGACAGAUUUGCUGCUGCUGCUCUGCUUUAG